CCAACCAUCCACUGCACACAGUCUGUUAACGAAACUAGAACAAAAAGAAGAGAGAAGAGAAUGUCAACAACACAAGACCUCGAAAACAUCUCCACCCCAGCACCCGACCACGAACCGCCCUCCCUCCCCGCUUCACCCCUCCCCAAGCGGACAAAAGUCAUCGACGACCCCACACCCCUCGCCCACCACACAUCCUCCUCACUACGCCGCGGCACGGAUUCAGGCGCCGCGACCCCGACGCCCCUAGCACACACGUACAACCCCAGCGCAUCAUUGUCAUCAAACAACAUGUCUGAACCUGGUCUACAACCGCCCGCGCAAAUCGCCCCGUCAAUCGCAGCGGCCGCGGCAGCAGAGCAGCAACUGCAGGUCCUCCUACUCAGCGAGCACGCGCGCGCGCCUACAAAGGGGAGCGUCUACGCUGCUGGACAUGAUCUGUAUAGUGCGAAGGAAUUGGUGAUCCCCGCGAGGGGAAGGGCGCUGGUUCCUACGGAUAUUUCCAUCUCGGUGCCGGUGGGGACAUAUGGCAGAGUCGCACCGCGCUCUGGCCUUGCGUAUAAACACGGCAUCGACACGCUCGCUGGCGUCAUCGACGCUGACUACCGCGGUCCCGUCGGCGUUAUCCUCGCGAAUCUGUCGGACAAGGACUUUGAGGUCAAGGUCGGUGAUCGCAUUGCGCAAUUGAUCGUGGAGAAGAUCGUCAUGCCUGAAGUUGUCGUGGUGCAAAAGCUCGAGGAGAGUGUUAGGGGCGCUGGUGGAUUCGGGAGCACGGGAGGCUUUGGAGCGGGCACA